AUGAUCCUGUCCAUCUCCGGUCGGCAAGAGCCCAUAUUUGCAGUCGAGCCGCUUUUGAAACGGAGUUCGAAUCACGCUGCAUUUCUCACCUCAACUCUCAAACGGCGACGACGCUCUCCUUUCCAUCUCUGUUUGCUUGACAGCAAUGGAUUGCAGAGAGGAUCUGAGCAAUGGAAAAAUGAACAAUCUUUCUGUCAACCAACAAUGGGUGAUGGAGUUGCUUCCUUUAGUUCAGAAGACGAGGGUCCUGGAAUAGAAGGCUUUCAAAUUAUUGGGGAGGCUAAACCAGGAUGUAAACUCUUAGGCUGUGGAUAUCCUGUGGGAUAUGGUAUGGAUGGAGAGGUGUGUGGGAUGGGAUGUGGUAUGAUGGUAUCGGAGGGGGAAGGUGAUGUGGCGUGGGAGGUGGAGGAUGAGGCUACGGCGGUGUUGAUGAUGGAAGGUGGCAUUGCGAAAGGGUAG